AUGAAGAACUUCGGAUCCAUCUUGGCAUUCAUUGCCAUUUCUGCCACACUCGUCUCUACUCGUGCUCUAUCAGGAAGCGAGAGUGGUCUCAUUGCUAGAGCACCAGUUCCAAAUGUAUUGGAGUUCUAUUCUCGAUCACCAAAAAAUAAGCAAAACAAGGACGCCGCUUCUGGUGCUGAUACUGCUGCAAAUGCAACACAAGCUGAUGCCGCUACAAACAAAAAGAAGGCAAAGGGUACUGGAGCUGUCGGUGCCAACGCCGCUGCUGCGACUGGGACCGGUAAGAAGGGCAAGGGCGACAAGGGAGGCGAAAAAGGCACCGGAGGAGACGCCGCUGCAUCUACCGGAACAGCCUCAACUGGAGCGAAAGGCAAUGGUGAUGCUUCGGCCCAAGCGGGCACCGCAGAUAAAUCUCCUGCCGCUCAAAUCGAAGCCGAGCUGAGCUCGCUCGGUCUCCGAGAUCUCCCUAUUCUCGAUUCAAGAAAGAAACAUAAGAACGGCACUGCUGCUGCAACUGGUGAUGCUGCUGCAGCUGGUGAUGCAGCUGGUGAUGCUGCUGCAGCUGCUGGUGGUGCUGCUGCAACUGGUGAUGCUGAUGCUGCUACGGCUGAGAAGGCGGGAAAGAAGGGAAAGCAUGAUAAGGGAGCUGAUAAGGCUGCUGGAGCUGCGACUAGUGUGGCUACUGCUGAUGCUGCUGAUGCUGCUGCAGCUGGUGACGCUGCUGAUGCUAAUAAGGCUGCUCCGGCUGAGAAGGCGGGAAAGAAGGGAAAGAAUGAUAAGGGAGCUGAUAAGGCUGCUGGAGCUGCGACUAGUGUGGCUACUGCUGAUGCUGCUGAUGCUGCUGCAGCUGGUGACGCUGCUGCAACUGGUGAUGCUGCUGAUGCUAAUAAGGCUGCUCCGGCUGAGAAGGCGGGAAAGAAGGGAAAGAAUGAUAAGGGAGCUGAUAAGGCUGCUGGAGCUGCGACUAGUGUGGCUACUGCUGAUGCUGCUGAUGCUGCUGAUGCUAAUAAGGCUGCUCCGGCUGAGAAGGCGGGAAAGAAGGGAAAGAAUGAUAAGGGAGCUGAUAAGGCUACUGCAGCUGCGACUAGUGCGGCUACUGCUGCUGCUGCCGCUGCGACUGUUUGA